AUGGAGCUGCUGACUCUUCCUUUAGCGUUCCAGAACGGCUCGGCCCGCCUCCUCACAGGAGACCUGGUCGUACGCGACAUUGAGCACUGGUGUCAUCGAAAAGCUCACAAAGGUGGCAUCCAACCAGUCAUGGCCGUCGUCUUUUUCAACACGGGCCCUGAUGCAGUAGAUUAUGUCAAGAUCAAGGCUCAUGUUGCUGCGCGGGCUGGCGUCGAUUAUUGGGUAUAUGAGAUGCCCGUCGACGCGUCGACAAUAGAGGUCAUGAGCCAAGUCAAGGAACUUAACAUGGAUCUCCAAAUACACGGCAUCCUUAUACAGCGCCCCUUGCCCCAGCAGUUGAACGAAGCAAAGAUCAUGAGAUACAUCGAUCCUAUCAAGAACAUUGAAGAAUACGAUAAAGGUCAGGCGGACAAUAUUGCUGCAGACGCCUUAGUCCGCUUGUUGGCCAGAUAUGGGCUGUCAGAGUCGGCACAGCAGGCUAAAAUCCAGAUUGUCGGUUUUGGAAAUAUCAUCACGAAAGAGUUCAUCAAGCAGAUGAAGCGCAAAUUCCCCUACGUGAGCGCUUCCAAAGACUUCGAUCCAUCUUACGAUACCAGUACAGACAAGCAUGAACCUCGUCAGGAGGAAGUUCAGGCACCACGCGCUUCCAUGAUGAUCUCGGAACUGCAUCGCGGACCUGGCUUCAUCAAAGAAUCCAUGAUCAAGCCGGAAGUGAGCGUCUUGGUCGAUCUUGGCUUCUACGUUACAGAAAAAGGCGUCAUCGGCGAUGUGAGCCACGCGCUCUUUGACCGGAGUGAUCUAGCAAUCGCCCCGACACCGGGAGGAGUUCUUCCCAUCUUGUUAUGGAUCAUGAUGGAGCGCACGAUCAAGGCUAAGCAGAUGAUUGCGAAGGAAGACCUGCGAGGGUGUUGUUGUUCACCUAUGUGA